UUGGGGCAGCAAUGCUAGCACAUCUCCAAAAUGCCAUAGAAGGUUUUUCGGAGAGCCCGAAAAGUAAACGCUUUUGUGGAGAUGCUGCAUUUCUAACAGUUGCUAUAAUGGAGUAUAUCCCUGAGCUUGCUUAUAAACUUAUGAAAAGAAACAAUUUUGCCAAACCUGAUAAAUUCCCUUUGCUCAUCGGAUGGGGAGAAGUGUACAAGCAAAGGCUGGAAAGCAAGUACAGGGCUUCUAUGGAAGAGUAUGUUGAUGUGCUGAAGAAUAUUGAAGAGGUUACGUGGCAGCCAUAUGCAAGGCUUACUGAGUCCUUCUUGCCAGAUUGGUUAAAACCUCAGUUGAUCAUGCGUUUAAGUAGAACAGUCAUGAUCUGUUUUAACUACGUGGCGUACCAUCGCCCGGACAAAUGCAUAAAGAAGUUUGGCUUCCGCAAAGUUGAUUUGAGUGCUUGCGGCAAGGUGAAGCGACACCAAACAAAAGCUAUGAGUGGGCCAGAGCAAGUAGAUUAUUCUACGAAACAAUACGUACUGGAUUGGGAGUGUAGACAUAUAUAUUUGAUACAAUGCAUUGAUGUUCUGCCCAACUCUCCAACACCUGAUUUGGAUGAACCCAAUCCCAACAGUUUUGCUAUGCGCAGCUCUACAACACCUGAGGAUGCACCUGCACCUGGACAGACUGCCACUCCUGCUUCUUCUGCCUUCAUGGCCACUCCCUUUGGACACAUGCCCACUCCCUCUCUAAUUGAAAAAGAUGGAUGGUCAGAGGCUCAAGUUAACAUAGAGGAUGAAGAGGUCCAAACUUCAGAGGCUCAAGUCCGAACUUCACAGGCUCAAGCUUGUAUUACCCAAAUUACUCAAGCUGUGCAGACCCCGCCUUCACAGCUUGUAUUUUCAGUCAUAGACCAGGAGGCAGAGCCCUCCACCUUGCCUUGGCCAGUUCUGCAGCAUAGUUCUACUACUGACCCGUCAACAUCUCAUCAGGCAUCUCCAUCAUGCAAUCCUCCGCUUGCGGCAUCUCAAGAUCAACAAUCUGCUGCAGCACCAGCAGAACUUGCAGAAGCGGCAAAACCUCCAGUCAUCAAUUCAUUGCCUUCCAUAGCUACCAACUCAGAAUCUGAAGACAACCCAUCAUCACAGUCGCCUCAACUUCAAACCCCAAUUGGUUGGCCUCCCAAUGGCAAGCUUACCUUCAACUGGGUCAGAUGCCUCAUGUCCGUCUUUGACUGGGCUUCUAGACAUCUUGAGCCGACCCAAUUGCCAGACGUGUUUCCUGUCGAGGUUUUUGAUAGUCUGGUCCUCUGUGCCUCUAAGAUCCUCCACAAAGAGGCCAAUUGUGUAACCAUUGACAACUUAGCCCCUGAAUCCAGAGUCGUCGUCGUCGGAGACCUUCACGGGCAGUUGCAUGACCUUCUUUUCCUUCUCCAUGAUGCUGGCUUUCCCUCAGAAAAUCGAUUCUUCGUCUUCAAUGGCGAUUAUGUUGAUAGAGGUGCCUGGGGUCUCGAAAGUUUCUUAAUUUUGUUAGCUUGGAAAGUGUUCAUGCCAAAAAGAGUGUAUCUUUUGCGAGGAAAUCACGAAUCGAAGUAUUGCACUUCUGUUUAUGGUUUCAAGAACGAAGUGCUGACAAAGUAUGGUGAUAGAGGCAAGCAUGUGUAUUGUAAAUGUCUUGGGUGUUUUAAAGAUCUUCCUUUGGCUUCCAUCAUUGGUAAACAUGUGUACACUGCACAUGGAGGCAUUUUUCGCCACAUGCCUGUGAUGCCGAAGAAAUCAAGGGGAAAAAAGAGGCAUAAAAUAGGUUUCAAUCCUGACCCCAAUUCAUUAUCUUUGGGCUCAGUUGAAGAAUUAAAUAAAGCUCGAAGAUCAGUUCUUGAUCCUCCAUGGGAAGGUCCCAAUUUGAUUCCCGGUGAUGUGCUCUGGUCGGAUCCCUCAAUGACUUAUGGGCUUUCUUUAAAUACAGAGAGAGGCAUUGGUCUUCUUUGGGGUCCUGAUUGCACCGAGGCUUUUCUUAAGAAAUUUCAACUCAAGCUGAUUAUUAGAUCACAUGAAGGCCCUGAUGCACGGGAAAAGAGACCAGGUCUUGGUGGAAUGGAUGAAGGGUACACCAUCGAUCACAUUGUGGAAUCAGGAAAGCUCAUCACUUUGUUUAGUGCUCCAGACUACCCACAAUUUCAGGGGACAAACGAGAGGUACAAAAAUAAAGGGGCUUACAUUAUCUUGGAACCCCCGAAUUUCGAUGAUCCUGUAUUUCAUAGUUUCGAAGCAAUCACUCCAAGACCAAAGGCAAAUCCAUUUUACAAUUUUGAAGAAGUGAUUGAUUCUGAUGAAGAAUUAGACUUUACAUCAAUGGUGACCAGUCCGUGAAGGUGGGAACUUGUGAAUCCAAACCCGGAAAUCAUUUAUCUAUCACACCCAACACCCGCUGAUAGGGUUGAAAUCACAUUGUGGGCCUUUCAGCCACUCUACUGUACUAUUUAGAGGUUGCGCAGUUUCUGAGAGUGAAUCCAGAAGCAGGACUCUUCUUCUUUGAUUCUAGUUAUCGAAGGUUGUUGAAUCACUCAGGCAAGGUUAACAGGCAAUGGUAAUCGUUCAUUCUUGAAGGGACACGGCAAAAACAGCUCGGAAAUUGGUUGAACUUGCUCGCAAGUUUGAAGGACUCGAGCAUUUUAAGGUUGCUGCUGAUCCUUCCUUGAGUUCAAAGCAAAGAGCUAUCAUAGCAGAUGCUAACGCGCUUUGAUGAGAAAAGUGGCAGCUUUAUUGUACAUAAAUUGGUCGAAUCGCAAGCCACUUUUACAUUCAAUGCUCAAGUGUUGAAGCAUACAAUGAAAUGUUGAGCCGCCACAUGAAUGAGACUGAGGUUAUUGUUUUUGUGAACUAUUUUGUCUGUAUUUUUACUUUAUUUUCCUACCA